GGCGCAGUUUAGGCGCCAUUUACAAGAUACAGUUUUCAAAUGGGAAGCGACUCGGAGUGAUACGGGGCUGAAUUUUAUGGAUUAUUUUCGUCGAGUUUUGGAUUUUCUGAUACUUUUUUAGAUUCACAGUUUGCAACAGAUAGGAGGACCUCUGACGGAUCGUGUGUAUAACUUAGAAGAUUUCAUAUCAUGCCAUCUAAAACAGCAAAAACCUCCACUGCUUCCAAAAGGGAGCCAAAAAGGAAAGGGCUGCAGCCUCGGGAUGACUCUGAGGACGAGUUGGAUGUACCCCCUCAAGAAACCAACUCCAAUGGCCAAGAGGAGGCACCGCCGACAACUGAUCCGUCUCAGGGGGAAGCUACUGAGGCGGUUGAUAGUCGAAGUUUGGAGGAGAUUCUCGGCAGCAUCCCUCCACCUCCGCCCCCAGCAAUGACCAAUGAACCGGGCGCUCCUCGCCUGAUGAUCACACAUUUAGUUAAUCGCAACUUUAAGUCUUAUGCAGGGGAGCAGAUUCUGGGGCCUUUUCACAAGCGCUUUUCCUGCAUCAUUGGUCCCAAUGGAAGUGGAAAGUCCAAUGUGAUAGAUUCAAUGCUCUUUGUGUUUGGAUACAGAGCUCAAAAGAUCAGAUCGAAAAAGCUCUCAGUGCUGAUUCACAGCUCUGAUAAACACAAGGAUGUGCAAAGCUGUACUGUGGAGGUGCAUUUUCAAAAGAUUAUUGAUAAGGAAGGAGAUGACUACGAAGUCGUCCCUAACAGCAAGUUCUAUGUUUCCAGGACUGCCAACAGAGACAGUUCCUCUUACUACCAUAUCGAUGGCAAAAAGGCCACUUUCAAAGAAGUUGGCACUUUACUCCGCAGCCACGGUAUUGAUCUAGACCACAACAGAUUUCUGAUCUUGCAGGGUGAGGUGGAGCAGAUUGCCAUGAUGAAGCCUAAGGGUCAGACGGAGCAUGAUGAGGGGAUGCUGGAGUACUUGGAGGACAUCAUCGGUUCAUGCCGUCUCAAAGAACCGAUCCAAACUCUUUCUCGCCGCAUCGAGCUGCUCAAUGAGCAAAGGGGAGAAAAGCUGAAUAGAGUUAAGCUGGUGGAAAAGGAGAAAAAUGCUUUGGAGGGGGAAAAGAAUAAAGCAGUGGAGUUCCUCACCUUGGAGAACGACAUCUUCAAACACAAGAGCCAGCUCCACCAGUACUAUGUUCAUGAUCUACAAAAACGUGUGACUGAUAAAGAACAGGAAAAGCUAAAGAUUUUGGAGGAAACCAAGGAGCUCACUGAAAAAAAUGCAAAGAUAUCAGAAGAGAUGGAAAAAAUGAACCAAGAGCUCCAAAAUGUGGAAAAGAAAAAAAAUAAGAUCAACAAGUAUAUAGAGACCCAGAAGGGAAAGUUCACCCAGCUGGACCUGCAGGAUGUUGAAGUGCGUGAGAAGAUUAAACACUCAAAGAGCAAGAACAAGGCACUGCAGAAGCAGCUGGAAAAAGACCAGAAAAAGCUGGAGGAAGUGCGAGGCAUACCAGCCAGCAGUGAACAAGCCAUCUCUGAAGCGACGGCCCAAAAAGAAGACCUGGAGAAGCAGAAAGCGAAAGAAGAAGAAAAACUGAAAGUAGUGAUGGAAAGUCUGAAGGAAGAGACGAGCGGCUUGCAACAGGACAAAGAGAAAAAAGAGAAAGAGCUCAUGGAACUCAGCAAGGCCGUCAACGAGACCCGCUCUCAAAUGGACAUCGCUCAGUCCGAGCUCGACAUCUACCUUAGCCGCCACAAAACGGCUCUGACUCAGCUGAACGCGGCUAAGCAAAUGCUCCAGACGACCUCGGACACUCUGCAAGAGCGCCGGCCCGCCAUCAAAGACCUGCAGGUCCAUAUCCCUCAGAAGGAAAAGGAGCUCAAAAAGGACCAGGAAGAGUUGGAACAGCUGCUGAAGGUGGAUAAUGACACCAGGCACGUGGUGAGAGAACUGCAGCAAAAGGUGGACGAAGCCAAGAGCUCCCUGUCCUCCAAUCGCAGUCGAGGAAAAGUCUUGGACGCUCUGAUGCAGCUCAAGAAGAGCGGCAAGAUCCCUGGAAUCUACGGAAGAUUGGGAGAUCUUGGAGCCAUAGAUGAAAAGUACGAUGUGGCCGUUUCAUCUUGCUGCGGCGCUCUGGACAACAUCGUGGUGGAUACGAUCGACACGGCUCAGAAAUGCGUCACUUUCCUCAAAGAGCAGAAUAUCGGCGUCGCCACUUUCAUCGGCCUUGACAAGAUGAAGGUCUGGGAGAAGAACAUGACUUCCAUUCGAACGCCAGAAAACAGCCCCCGCCUCUUCGACAUGGUGCGAGUAAACGAUGAGAGGGUCAGACCGGCGUUCUACUUCGCCCUGAGGGACACCCUGGUCGCUCAAGACAUGGAGCAGGCCACCAGGAUGGCCUUUCAGAAGGACAAACGCUGGAGGGUGGUCACCCUGAAGGGGCAGAUAAUUGAAAUGGCAGGAACAAUGACUGGAGGUGGAAGAGUUAUGAAAGGCAGGAUGGGGUCUUCUAUUGGCCAAGAGGUGUCCCAGGACGAGCUCGACCGUAUGGAGAGCAAGCUGAAUGAGAAAGUGUCAAAGCUGCACGGCUGCCAGGAGAGACGGCUGCAGUUGGAGGAGAGCGUCCAGCGCCUGCAGCCUCAGCUCAGAGAGAUGAAGAACACUCUGGAAAAAUACACAAACAGCAUGAGCAGUCUGGCUGACCAGGAGACUCACUUGAAACUUCAGAUUAAGGAGCUUGAAGCCAACGUGCUGGCAGCUGCCCCAGACAAAGCCAAGCAGAAACAGAUGGAGAAGAGCCUGGAGGCAUUCAAGAAAGAUUUUGAGUCAGCAUCCAGUAAGGCCGGAAAGGUGGAAAACGAGGUGAAAAGACUCCACAACUUGAUUGUUGACAUCAACAGCCACAAACUGAAGGCUCAGCAGGAUAAGCUCGACAAGAUCAACAAAGAGCUAGACGACUGCUCCUCCAUCAUCACCAAGGCCAAAGUGGCCAUAAAGACGGCUGAUCGAAACCUGAAAAAGUGUGAGGAGAGCAUUGCUCGUGUGCGAGCAGAGCUGGAAGAGAACCAGAAGUUGAUGGCUGAGCUCACAGAGCAGCUGAAGAAGCUAGAAGAUGAGGCGGGGGAGAUCAUGAAAGCCUGUCACGAGGCAGAGGCCACUCUGCCUGAGGUGCAGGAGCAGUAUCAGAACGUUUCCAAGGAGAUCAAAGCCCUGCAGCAGCAGGAGCACGCACUGCAAGAAGAGUCGCUCAACGUUCGGCUGACCAUCGAGCAGAUAGACGCCGCCAUCACAAAGCACAACGGCAAGAUCAAGUACUGGCAGGAUGAGAGCACCAAGCUGUCCCUUCACACCAUUGAGGGCCAGCCAGCAGAGGAACUCCGUGUCUUUGCCCCUGCUGAGCUGGAAGCCAUCUCGGAUCCAAACAUCCUGGUGAACAAGAUCAGCAUGCUGGAGAGCCAGUGUAGUCAAAUGAAGCCCAAUCUAGGAGCCAUUGCAGAGUACAAGAAGAAGGAGGAGCUGUACCUGCAGCGCGUCGCCCAGCUGGACGAGAUCACAGCGGACAGAGACAGGUUCAAGCACGCCUACGAGGACCUCCGUAAGCAGCGGCUCAACGAGUUCAUGACCGGGUUCAACAUGAUCACCAACAAGCUGAAGGAGAACUACCAGAUGCUGACACUAGGUGGGGAUGCAGAGCUGGAGCUGGUGGACAGCUUGGAUCCGUUCUCUGAGGGAAUCAUGUUCAGUGUUCGUCCACCAAAGAAAAGUUGGAAAAAGAUCUUUAACCUGUCAGGAGGGGAGAAGACCCUCAGCUCUCUGGCUCUGGUGUUUGCUCUGCAUCACUACAAGCCCACCCCGCUGUACUUCAUGGACGAGAUCGAUGCCGCGCUGGACUUCAAGAACGUCUCCAUCGUUGCCUGUUAUAUUUAUGAACAGACAAAGAACGCUCAGUUCAUCAUCAUCUCCUUGAGGAACAACAUGUUUGAGAUCGCGGAUCGUCUCAUCGGCAUCUAUAAAACACACAACACAACCAAAAGUGUCGGAAUCAAUCCCAAAACAAUCGUGUUCAGGGAACACGAUGCCAUCACGGCAUAA